AUGCACAGCAAACUACUCGCAAUUGCUCCAGAUGUCAACACGCGAUUCACCCUACCUUCAGGAAGAAGGAACCAGAUAAUUAUGUCACGUCUCCGGAUAGGCCACACACUAGUGACUCACAAGCACAUCUUCGAAGGAACCGAUGCCCCAGUUUGUUCAACGUGCAACCAGCGGCUCACGGUGGUUCACAUCCUGACUUAUCAAAAUGCCAGAAGUCUCAACCACCUUUCUAAUGACAUCAGUGAAGUGUUACUGCAUCAAACCGAUAAACUUGUGAAAUUUAUCAAAGACAUUGACAUUGAAGCCAUUCCAUUGCCUACUUGGAAAAAAAUUGAUUCUCCAGGUGAAUUGGCGGACGAGGAGAUGAUGAUAGAUAUUCAAAAUAUCGCCAAAGUAGCUGCAGCCAGUAAGGGCGUGCGGAUACCAUAUUUUAUUUGUUUUACUGAUUCUAAAGUCAUCAAAGAAGUACAAUGGAAAGGGUACAAACUCACAGCCAUACAGAUACUUAUGAUGAUACAGAAGACAAACACGAGUAUCAUGCGAAAGAAAGAAGAUUGGAGCGUAAUCAACAGGCUAAUGAAAUAUGACUUUGAUAAACGGUGA